AAACACAACGAAAAAGAAAACACGAAAAGGCAUCUUAUAAUUUCGCGGGUGCAACAAUUCGCAGCCAUCGAGUGCUGUUCCUUAAAUGUACUCUCAAAAGUAUAGCAGAGAAAAACCCUAAAACCCUAAUCUCCAAAACCCCUGCACUUUCCCAUGGCGUCAUCGUUAAUUCGCCUUCGCCGCACCCUCAGAGCCUUCUCCGGCGUCCCCCGCACCUUCUCUCACACGUCUUCGGCGUCUUUCUCCGCCCCUAUCCAGCGCGCUGCCUCAUCAAGCUGUCACUUGGCAAACGUUAGGUUUCAAUCGCGUUCCUUCAGGUCAUCGUCGAUUUCCCUUCUGUCCGUUCGAUCCUCGCAUGGCAACAUUCCCGAUGAGAUUGGUCCCGAUACCAUACUCUUCGAGGGCUGCGACUACAAUCACUGGCUCUUCGUCAUAGACUUCCCCAAGGACAACAAGCCCUCACCCGAAGAAAUGGUUCGCACUUACGAGGAGACUUGUGCCAAGGGUCUCAACAUCAGUGUGGAAGAGGCAAAGAAGAAAAUUUAUGCCUGCAGCACUACAACUUACACGGGCUUUCAGGCUGUCAUGACUGAAGAAGAGUCCAAAAAAUUUGAAGGUCUUCCUGGAGUCAUCUUUGUGCUACCUGAUUCCUAUAUUGACCCAGUGAACAAGCAGUAUGGAGGAGAUCAAUACAUUAAUGGAACAAUUAUCCCUCGACCUCCACCGAUACAGUAUGGGAGAAAUCAAGGAAGACGAGAUCGAAAUAGGAGUCCUGGCCAAUAUAACCGGCAAGAGGAUCAGAUGCCAAACCCUCAAGGGAAUCCCUCUUACAAUAGUCGGGGGCCAGGGGAUGGAAGGAACUAUGGACCAUCACAAAAUUAUGCACCCCAACAGAACUAUGGCCAAGCAUCGCAGAAUCAUCCACCCCAACAGAACUAUGGACAAACAUCUCAGAAUUAUGCACCCCAACAGAGCUAUGGCCAAACAUCUCAGAAUUAUGCACCCCAACAGAACUAUGGCCAAACAUCACAGAAUUAUCCACCCCAACAGAACUAUGGCCCAGCAUCCCAAAAUUAUCCACCCCAACAGAACUAUGGCCAAGCAUCCCAAAAUUAUCCUCCACAGCAGAACUAUGGUCAAGCAUCACAAAAUUAUCCACCCCAACAGAACUUUGAUCGAUCAUCUCAGCAUUAUCCGCAACAACAAAAAUAUGGGCCGGCUUCCCCAAGCUAUGCUCAGCAGCAGAGCUUUGGACCACCAGGACAAGGAGAGCGAAGAAAUUAUGUGCCACAGGAGAACUUUGGAGUACCAGGACAAGGAGAAAGAAGAGAGCCUGUGCCUAGACAUGGUACUUCUCAGGCAGGGGGUGAUAAUUUUACCCCAUCAUAUAUGAAGGAUUUUAAGCCAUCAUACAUGGACGAAUUUGAACAGGCUGAGCAGGGGAAUUAUCCUGCCAAAGAACAGACAGGGUCCCAACCAAGAUAUCCACCUUCCGGCCAGGGCAAUUUUACAGGAGAGGGAAGAUAUUGAAUAGUUGUCUGAGACGCGGGCGGCUAGUAUUGAAUUUAAUCACAUUCUAAGCUGAUGCCUGCUCUUACCAUUUUGAUGGAAAAUUGAGUUUUCGAUGUAUAUCCGUCAAAUUUCAGUCCAUGCUCAGUUCUAUGAUAAGGUUGGAUGUGGUCUAUAAAGCUGGUAGUGCAUGGCUGCCGCUUGUUUUUUGAACAUGGUUGAACUGUGAAUUUUAUGUGGCUCUGUCCUUUCCCUUGCUCUUUCUCUUUCUCCUUGUGACGAACUAAAUAAUGGAUGAUUGUGAAUAUUGCAUUUCAAGUCAUGAGGCAGUGUAGUCGUUGCCAUUAGUGUAGUGCCGCAACCAUGGUUUCCUUCGUUUGCUUUCCUAAUUCCUAUUACGUGUUGUUUAUCAUCUGCUUAAAUCCUUAUUUCACAUAUAAUGCCUAUGUUGUUGUAAUUUGACCUUCCCAUGUUUUCAUCGAGAAUUGAGCAAGGAAGUGAAGGUAUAAAGAUUG